AGUUGACAUUUCAGUUUUCCGAAAAUUCCUUCUUUUUGAUCCGCCAUUGCGUUCAAGUUGCUACUCGGUUGUAUCUUCAGAACUUGAAACUUUCAGAAAUGGAAAACGACGCUGGAGAAUUCGUUGAUUUGUACUGCCCGAGGAAAUGCUCGUCCAGCAACCGAAUCAUUCAUGCAAAGGAUCAUGCCUCCAUUCAGAUCAACAUCGUUGAUGUGGACCCUACGAGCGGCCGUAUGCUGGAGACUUCCAAAGUUUACGCCAUCUGCGGAGAAAUUCGCCGGAUGGGAGAAUCCGACGAUUGUAUCGUACGUCUCGCCAAGAAAGAUGGUUUGUUGACUAAAAAUUAUUAAGUAAAGAGUUGUAUCCUAUAUUCAACUAAUAAAACAAGAAAAAUACUAAAA